AUGUUGCGUGAACAUAUCCAGCAUAUAAGAAUAUGCAUAUCCAUUGUUGUCAGCGCUCCCGGUUGCGGCCCUCCCCAUGGUACCAUCUCCCAUCAUUUUAUGAAAAUGGCACUCAAAACAUUUAGUUACGCGGCAUCAACAACAAGUGCACGUUCCCCGCCUUCUUCCCCCCUACCCCAACAUUACAUUCCUCGAGUCACGUCGGAGUAUGCGAGGACACAAAACGCUACUUUUCUAAAUUCGACAGGCCGUAUCACUCCAUAG